CAGAGUUUCAUUCAUUGCUUUGGCCUUAGAAUUGUCUGGAUUUCCCUCACAAGCAAUAUCGUUGGUUCGAUAGUUCAUUCUUCUGACUGCAGACUUAUCUUGAAAAGAAUUGAACUUCAAAUCAGUGAUCAUCUUUUUCGAAACAACAAAAAAAUGCCUGGUGGCUCACCACUAAUUCUAUUCCUUCAGAAGGUUUUCUGGGCAAUAGGUAUCGUCUCCAUCAUCUUCAUUGGCGCUUUCCUGCUAGCAUUGCAUCGGUCGGGUCACAAAAAGCAUCCAGUCAUCAUUGGAUUCUUGAUUACCUCUUGGUUCACAGCUUGGAUUGCACUCUUACCUUUCUUUGGAAACGUUUGGGAGUAUUCACUGUCACGACCACUCGUCCAUGCAAAUGUCAGAGUCGGUCCUCCACACACCAUUUGCCAAAUCAAUGCUGUUUUAUUGGCUUACCUGUGGACAGCUAUCCCCGGAUUCGGCCUGGCUUUCGUUAUCGAAGUCAUGAGGAUGCUGAUAGAGUUCCUUCGGUUUUCAAAAAUCGACGUCCCAGAUCAAACGCCUAAGAAACCGAAUGGUGGAGGUUUCCGCAGGAAAGGCUCAGUGGACUCUAAUUGCAGUGACGCGAGUCAAGGCAGCUAUUCAAGUGAAAUCCAUCUUGUUAAAUCUCUCGAAAGCAUCAAUGAGGAAGGACAAAGUUUACACUCCAAUCGAUCCGCUUCUAGGACAUUAAAAAAAUUAUGGAAGUUACAUUGGAAAAAGUCGAUUAUCUUUUUACCUCUGGUAACUGCCCUCCCAAGUCUUUUCAUGGUUUUCAGUCUCCAAUCUUCUAUGGGAUGGCGAUACGUACACGCCGACCAGUUUACCUGCAAUCCUCCCGACCCGCUUCUGCGUCGUAAAAAGGCAUUCAUUCUUCUCUGCCAUCUUGUACCAACAAGUGGUCUCGGAAUUGCCUGCUUGAUUAUGUACUUCGUUUUGAGACACCGAACAGCAACCGGCUUUUACCGACGGAUUCACUACCCUUUGCUCAUCAGAUUGAGCGCUUUAUCCGCCCUGAGUGGCGUUGGUGCGGCACUCGAGUUUACUAUUGAUUAUUCACAGUUCAAUCGAGGGCUUGCUGGACACGUUCCAUCACUUUAUUUAAUCACUUUUCCAUUACUUUCAGCCGUGCUUUUCGUGGACCAGGAAAUCAUCAAAGAAUGGAAGUCUUGGCUUAGGUUAGACAAGAAAUAAAUACUUCAACCUCACCCAAUUUAACACAUUCUUCCUUGAAGUGGAAGAGCAAAUAUUUUUAUUGGAAGCAGACCUGAGCUUUCUGCCUACUGCUUAUUUUUCCUGCUUCAAAAAAUCUAUCAGUAGAACCUAAUGUGUAACCAUAACAACAUUGUGUGGCUCCAGAUCCUCUAAAAAAUACCCAAGACCAACUGAAAAUCUUACACAUAUUUUGAUUCCAAUUUUGAGUUGCAAGUAUCUACAUUUUAACCAAAGCCCAUAUUUUUAUGAAUUGAAAUCAACAAA